AUGCAGAUGGAGGUUUUUCCAGAGCCCAGCUUCUUCAAGGAGAGCCGAGCCCCUGAUCUUCCUACGCCAGCAGAAGUCAGGGCUAUAAACAGGGCGUCGGGCAAUAUAUGCGCUACAAACUUCAAUCGCCCUCCCCCUGUUAUGAUCCCGUCCCUAUGUUUGGUGGUCAAGUACGGAGCCGAUGUUACCAUUGUCGAGCCUUCGUCUCAAAUGAUAGCACGCGAAAAAUUAAUAGGCAAAGUACCCAUGCCUGAGGCCUUCGGCUGGACUGAGGAUGGAGGUCAGAGGUUUAUUUAUGUGUCACUGAUCGAGGGUGAGACCUUGCAGGAGAGAUGGUGUGAUAUGAACGAUGAUGACAGACGAACCGUAUGUUUGGAACUCAAGCACAUGGUGAAGGCAUGGAGGGCUCUUAAGCAAGACAAGCACGACUUUUACAUUGGUAAUUUCGGGAAGCAACCGCUAAAAGAAGUCUUUCUCGAAUCCCAUCCAGAACUCGCUGGGCCAUUUCAAGGUGCCAACGCCGUUCAACGGUUUCAAGACACCUGUGGAAUUGAAAUCAAUGUCGAAGCGUCCAUCACGUUUACCCACAACGAUCUUGUCGCUGGGUGGUAUCCUGCGUACUGGGAAUAUUGCAAGGCGCGACGAGUAAGAGUUGAUCCAGAAUACUUUGAUGAUGCUGUUCAAGAGGAGUGGUACACAAAGUAUCUGCCAACGAUCCUCGAUCCAGAAGAUGACGAGACAUACUACUACCCCUGGCUUUGUCUAAUCAGCUUCUUGUCUGUGUCUAUCAACCAUGAUAUCCCCUUCGUUGUCCCAAAACGCAGUUUGUAG